AUGAAAAGAUUUCAAUGGAGAAAGGAUGAUAGAACUAUCCGACUUUCCCAUGAGCUCUCGAAGGGUGAGAAAGAAGCCACUGAGAACAGAAAGGCAAAAGUUCUGGAGUGCCUCAAGAGCCUUGGUAUUGCCCGUGAUGAGGAUACAAAGGAUGACAUGCCCAAUAUCGCUGUUCUAGGAUCAGGCGGAGGUCUACGGGCCAUGAUAGCCCUUCAAGGAUCCUUGGUGGAGAUGAAGAAGCAGGGCCUGUUGGACGCUGUCCUGUAUCUGUGUGGGGUAUCGGGUUCCACCUGGUGCAUGUCUACCCUCUACAAAGACAAGGACUGGACAGAGAAAGUACAGGACUUGGAAGAACGCCUGUGUGAUACACUUUCCAAAUCUUCAUGGGAUCUUCAUAAGGCAUACGCUCUUGUGUGCCAGGCAGCUAAAGAUGAACUCUUCUCUCUCACUGAUGUCUGGGCCUCUUUCGUUGUCUACAAAAUAUUGAAUCAGUAUGAUCAGACCAAGUUAUCUCAACAAGACGAUGCCUCCACAAGUGGGACAAAUCCUUACCCCAUCUAUGCGGCAGUGGAAGCAAAGAUAUUGCAUAAAGCACAUGAAAACAGCCCAGGCACCUGGUUUGAAUUCACCCCUCAUGAGUCUGGCUUUCCUGGCCUGGGGGCAUUUGUGUGCACCAAAGACUUGGGAAGCAAAUUCGAGAAUGGGAAGUUGAAAGAUAACAGCGAAGAGAAAAGUAUUUGCUACCUGCAAGGUUUAUGGGGAAGUGUCUUUGGAUGCAUAGAGGAAAACAUGAAAUAUUUAAAAGAGCUUGUUCUCCAAAUAUUUUCUGGAGGACUGAGAGGAAAACAUGAGUAUGCAGUAGGUGGAGCAGAAAACACAUCAGAAAUGGCCAUGCCUCCACUUGGAGGAGGUACUCAUUGCACUUGUACACAUUGUUGGAGUGCCCUCCUCCUCCUGGAGUUUCACGGUCAUGCCUCAGCUGGGGAAGACUGCGAGGGAGUCUUUGGGAAGCUGAAGGAAGUCCUGAAAGAACACAAGGGCAAGAAUUCCUACCAGAAGUGUUGUGAAAUGAGUGAGACCUGGAGUUCAAAGACCUUGGCAGCAAGAAUGGAGGAGUGUGCUGAAUUCGGCAGGAUUUUUGAAACAGAACAUGGAGGCAAUGUAUCGAGUGCAUGUCAAUUGUUUUGGAAAAUCUGUAUCUGUAUCUUCCACUGGAGAUGGGGGAGCACCCAUAACUUUCUGUACAAAUGUCGUGAUGCUAAAUCCACUGGCUUGGAUAAGGACGAAGUCAUCAACCUGAUCGAUGCCGGCAUUGGCAUAAAUUCCGCCUACCCCCUUGUUCUGCGUCCAGAGAGGAAAGUGAAACUGAUCCUUUCCUUUGACUUCAGCAGUAAGGAUCCUUUCAAGACCAUCAAGAAAACUGCCGAGUACUGUGAGGCAAAUAACAUCCCAUUUCCCAAGAUAGACCCAGAAAAGCUGAAGGACACAGAUACCCCUUCCAGUUGCUACAUCUUCAGAGGGAAGGACGUUCCCACUGUCAUGCACAUCCCGCUCUUCAACAAGGAAAAUUGUCCAGAUAAAAUACAUGACUUCAGAGAGAGGUAUUCCACCUUUCAUUUUUCCUACAAAGAGGAUGAUGUCAAAGAACUCCUCAAAAGAGCGAAGAUGAACGUAUCCAACAACAAGGAGAGGAUUCGGGAGGAGAUCCAGCAGAUUGUGUCCUCCUCCACCAAGAAGUUUUAA